AUGAACCCCAUGGCGCAGCUGUACUACAAGAAGGCGAGCUACUCGCCGUACCGCGAUCGCAUACCGCUGCAGAUCGUGCGGGCGGAGGCGGAACUGUCGCCCACGGAGCGCCACUACCUGAUGGCGGUGGAGAAGGGUGACUACGCCGGCGUCAAGCACGCGCUGGAGGAGGCCGAGAUCUACUACAACAUCAACGUGAACUGCCUGGACCCGCUGGGCCGCAGCGCGCUGCUCAUCGCCAUCGAGAACGAGAACCUGGAGGUGAUGGAGCUGCUGCUGACGCACGGCGUGCACGUGGGGGACGCGCUGCUCUACGCCAUCAGGAAAGAGGUGGUGGGAGCCGUGGAGCUGCUGUUGUCCUAUCGCCGCCCCAGUGGAGAGAAACAGGUCCCCUCCAUGAUGAUGGACUCCCAGUUCUCCGAGUUCACGCCGGACAUCACGCCCAUCAUGCUAGCGGCGCACACCAACAACUACGAGAUCAUCAAGCUCCUCGUCCAGCGCAAGGUGACGGUGCCGCGGCCGCACCAGAUCCGCUGCGACUGCGUGGAGUGCGUCUCUUCCUCCGAGGUGGACAGCCUGCGCCACUCGCGCUCCCGCCUCAACAUCUACAAGACGCUGGCGUCGCCCUCCCUCAUCGCCCUCUCCAGUGAGGACCCCAUCCUCACCGCUUUCCGCCUGGGCUGGGAGCUCAAGGAGCUCAGCAAGGUGGAGAAUGAGUUCCGUCAGGAGUACGAGGAGUUGUCGCACCAGUGCAAGCUGUUCGCCAAGGACCUGCUGGACCAGGCACGCAGCUCACGUGAACUGGAGAUCAUCCUGAACCACCGCGACGACCACAGCGACGAGCUGGACCCGCGCGAGUGCCGCGACCUGGCCAAGCUCAAGCUUGCCAUCAAGUACCACCAGAAGGAGUUCGUGGCCCAGCCCAACUGUCAGCAGCUGCUGGCCACGCUGUGGUACGACGGCUUCCCCGGCUGGCGUCGGCGCCACUGGGCCGUCAAGCUGGUCACGUGCUUCGUGAUCGGCCUGCUCUUCCCCGUCUUCUCCCUGGUCUACAUCCUGGCUCCCAAGAGCGCCCUGGGCCUCUUCAUCAAGAAGCCCUUCAUCAAGUUCAUCUGCCACACCGCCUCCUACCUCACCUUCCUCUUCCUCCUGCUGCUGGCCUCGCAGCACAUCGUGCGCACCGACCUGCACGUGCAGGGCCCGCCGCCCACCAUCGUGGAGUGGAUGAUAUUGCCCUGGGUGCUGGGCUUCAUCUGGGCAGAGAUUAAGGAGAUGUGGGAUGGCGGCUUCACGGAGUACGUCCAUGACUGGUGGAACCUCAUGGACUUCGCCAUGAACUCUCUCUACCUGGCCACCAUAUCGCUCAAAAUGGUGGCCUACUUCAAGUACAACAGCUCUCGUCCGCGCGAGGAGUGGGAGAUGUGGCACCCGACGCUGAUCGCGGAGGCGCUGUUCGCCAUCGCCAACAUCUUCAGCUCGCUGCGCCUCAUCUCGCUCUUCACGGCCAACUCGCACCUGGGCCCGCUGCAGAUCUCGCUGGGCCGCAUGCUGCUGGACAUCCUCAAGUUCCUCUUCAUCUACUGCCUGGUGCUGCUGGCCUUCGCCAACGGCCUCAACCAGCUCUACUUCUACUACGAGACGCAGGCCGCCGACGAGCCCAACAACUGCAAAGGGAUACGCUGCGAGAAGCAGAACAACGCCUUCUCCACGAUGUUUGAAACGUUGGAAUCCCUGUUUUGGUCUGUGUUUGGGCUCCUCAACCUUUACGUGACCAACGUGAAGGCACGGCACGAGUUCACCGAGUUUGUGGGAGCCACGAUGUUCGGGUCGUACCAUGUCAUCUCUCUGGUCGUACUACUCAACAUGCUGAUUGCCAUGAUGAACAACUCCUACCAGCUCAUAGCGGACCACGCGGACAUCGAAUGGAAGUUCGCCCGGACGAAGCUGUGGAUGAGCUACUUUGACGAGGGUGCCACGCUGCCCCCUCCCUUUAACAUCGUGCCAAGCCCCAAGUCGGUGUGGUACCUGUGUGUCUGGGUGCACAGCAGGCUGUGUGCGAAGAAGGAACCCAUGCCCGAGGAGGACAGGAAGCACGAGAACUUCAAGGAGUUCACGGAACGCCACGCUGACAUCCUCAUUCAAAACCAGCAUUACCAGGAAGUAAUUAGGAACUUGGUGAAGAGGUAUGUGGCAGCCAUGAUCCGAAGCGCCAAGACUGAUGAAGGCCUGACAGAAGAAAACUUCAAAGAGCUGAAGCAGGACAUCUCCAGCUUCCGCUACGAGGUGCUGGACCUGCUGGGCAACCGCAAGCCGCCGCGCCGCACCUACUCGUCCAGCAGCGAGGCCACGCAGCAGGACGACGACCCCGCUGAGGAGCUCAAGACCAAAAACCCCAAAGGAGGCGUCUCCUUCGGCCUCUCCUCCUCCUCGGGGAAGAAGUCGCGGGACCACGAUCGGGACUCGGCGGAGUUUGGCGUGUCAGCGUUGUUCCGCUCCAUGUCGGGCCCCUCGAUGUCAGUGGAGGGCCCCCUGUCGCCGGUGAUGCCCAUGCCGAUGAUGAUGGUUCCGACAGUGCCGGCAGACGAUAAAAAACCAAAGAGCAACGGGCUGCGCAAGUUCGCGCCCUCUACGUCGUUCAUGCGCAACAGCGGCAGUGGUGGCGGAGGCGGAGGAGGAGGCGGAGGAGGAGGCGGAGGGGGGCGGCUGCAACGCUUCUCGCGUUCCAAGAAGGACUCUCUGCGGCGACUGGGUCUGCUGUUCUCGCGCAUGAACGGACACCUGCCCUCCAGCGAGCCGCCGCCCUCCUCCUCGCGCUCCGCGUACAGCAUCUCGGACGGCGUUGACCUUCACGUGACCUCUGACGACCCCGACUUGCCGCAGGUCACGCGCAGCAGCAGCGGCAGCGACCUGCACCUGCACCGCCUCAGCGGCCUCGGGGUCGGGGUCGGACUGGGACUGGGACUUGCGAUGGACGAGAUCGGAGCGGCACAAGCUGACUCGUCACCCCCGACGACGCCUCAUCAUCCUCAUCAUCAUCUCGCAUCCCAUCAUCAGCAUCAGCACCAGUAUCUCCAUCACCGUCCCCAUCACCACCACCACCCGCAUCAGCAUCAGCAACAGAGCAGGCAGUCCAAUGGCAGGGACGGUACACUCCUUUUGCGGGCACCUCCAGCCUCCCCAUCCCCAUCCCCAUCCCCCUCUUCCCCAGCAGGGCAGCCACUGGCCCUGGGCACCCUACACUGUGCUUCCAGCAUCACCGCCUCCAGCUCCCGACUGCUCAGCUCCAGUGAGGACAUGUGCGAAGGCUGGGUCGGGCCCUGUGGCAGCCUGGGCUCUAUCAGCAGCUGGGCAGGGGACCAGGAGGAGUCCGUCACCACCCAGCUAUGAGCUCCGUGUUUGAGC